CACCAUCUUCCAUCUCAGUACCAAUCUUUUUUCUUUUCUUUUUUUGGUUUAUGGUUUGAUGUUUUUGAACACAUUCCAAUACUUGGCCUUCACUACUACUUGUUCCUCUUCUACCCACCCACCCCUUCCCUUCAACAUUAGGUCUCUCAUCGCCCUCUCCAUCGCUGCUUCGUCAUCGAGUUCGGAGAGAGUCCUCCUGCAAGUGGCAGCCGUUUCAAGUUAAGUGAGUAGACGAGAGCGUGUUUAACUAAGCAACCAUGAAUAUGCCGCUGUUGGAUAUUCAACCGCGAACGUUGAAGUUUGUUGUUGAUCUGAAGAAGCAGAGUACCUGCGUGGUACAGCUAACCAAUACAACCAAUCAUUUUGUUGCAUUUAAGGUCAAAACUACAUCACCAAAGAAGUACUGUGUCCGUCCAAAUGUUGGCGUUGUUGCACCAAAGUCAUCCUGUGAAUUCUCGGUCAUUAUGCAAGCUUUCAAAGAACCACCUCCAGAUAUGGUUUGCAAAGACAAAUUCUUAAUCCAGAGUACUACUGUGCCUGAGGAAACAACUGAUGAAGACAUCACAGCUAGCAUGUUCUCCAAAGCGGAAGGCAAACACAUAGAGGAAAACAAACUGAGAGUCACUCUCGUGUUACCCUCUGACUCACCUGAACUAUCUCCAGUUAAAGGGACACUGAAACAGGAAGCAACAUUUGAAGAUUCCAUUCUCAAGGAUCGAGUAUAUGGUCACUCAGAGACCCUUCGUCCUCCACAAUAUGUAAGAAAGGAGAGUGAGAUUGUCAAGGAGCCUAGGAUGGUUGGACAUGAUGAGUUAAAGGCACCCUAUGAUGCAAAGGAGUUAAAGCAACCAAAAAAAGGCGUUGUGGAUUUCGUUGAAGAUUUGAAUCCUUCUAAUGACUCAAAGGCAACUAAAGGUGGCUACAAUACAUUGGACAUGGUAAAAGAAGCUGAAUUUAAUCGUAUUAAGCCUCAUAAGGAUGCAGAUGAUGGAAGGGGGAUAAAGGCAACACAUAAUUCAGAUUCGGCCACGAAUAUGGCCAUGGAUCUUUCUGGGGAUCAAGGGUUUGCUAAUGGAAAGACUUCGGCCAAAAGUGUGACUUAUUCUGAUGAACCAAAGAUACCUAGGGAUAGAGACGUUGUCCAGAUGCAGCAAACCGAUGCUCAGUUGAUUAAGGACAUUGAGGAGAUGAAGCUAAAAGUCAAUGCUCUUGAGUCCAAGCUAAUACAGGCUGAUUCAACCAUUUCGAAGCUAAUGGAGGAGCGGUCUACAAGCUUCCAACAUAGAGAAAGCUUGCAACAAGAGCUGGCGGAACUGAGGACGAAGAAGAUAGUGAAAGAAGUGCACAUUGGGUUCCCUCUGCUGUUUGUAUGCGUGGUGGCAUUCAUCAGCAUUGUUAUCGGGUAUUGUCUGCGCACUUGACUGCUCGGCCUCUACCUCUCUCUCGGUCACACAUAUCUUUUAUAUCUCCUAUUAGCAAGUGUGCAGUCAGAAAAUAUAGACAAAGGAAGUGAUAUUAAUAUACACUGUAAAGCGUUGGGUGCUAGUUGAUGAUACAAAGGGACAUAUGGUUUGAUGAUGGUAUGCUUUGUUUCUUCGCUCUUUACUAUCUAGUUGAAGCAGCUUGUUUGGAUU